GAUGAGUUGUUAUUUAUACUUAUUUUUCUGAAUUCACCAGUUCUUUCUUCUUGAUAUUCGAAUAAGUAAAGCGUUUGGUAAAUAUUAACCGCAUUUAUUAGUUUUCGAGUAAAAUGGAGGCUUUGUCAAAUGGUGACGAUUUCCAUAAUAAUCAUGCAGUUGAUCUGGAAGAAAUGCGUACGGAACACCCUUUCUCGCUGCGAGUACGAAGGAUCUGCGAAACACCUGUGAACCAAGAGUUGUUCGCCGCUUUGAAUAAUUACGGUUCGUUGGCCACGAACGUAAGGGAAAUGCACGGCAAAAAUCUUCAAACCGAAAUUGAAAAACAGGCUCUUGCCGGACACAAGAAUUUUAAGAUGGACAUGGAGAAAGUGUUGUUGAAUUUGGAACAAGAAUACGCUGAACUGGGAAUCGUGCACAGUAGCAUUGUGGAAAAAAUUGAAUAUCUUCGGGCAUUGAAGGAGAGCUCCAGGAAAUUUAUGGAUCGCUCUCGUGCGAUUGACACGGCACUGAAGGAAAACGAUCUGAAGUUACGGUUGGCGAAAACGUUUUUCGCGCGUUUCAUGUUCACUUCUCGAGAAAUCGAUCUGCUAACCAGAGCAGAUUAUCCAGUAAACCAGGAGUUUUUCGAUGCUCUUAAUCGCACACAUACCAUUCGCGAAGAUUGCAAAAAUCUUCUCCGUUUGCCAUCGGCGUCCGAAAUGUUGGGUCUGCAUCUUAUUGAAUCAGUGGGAAAGUAUCAGGAGACCGCAUACCAACGACUAUAUCGCUGGUGCAUGGAGGAAUCUCGCAAAUUGACUGGGGAAACUCCAGUUGUGACGCCAUUGUUCUGUCAUGCCCUGGAAGUAUUGUCAUUUCGCCCAGCCAUUUUGGGCGCUGUCCUAGAGGAAUACGCACUGAUAAGAAAGACAUACCUAUUGAACGCUUUUAUUAGCGCCCUUACUCAAGGGUCGUCCAUGAGUGCACGGCCGCUGGAAUUGCAUUCAUAUGACACACUUCGUUAUGCCACGGAUAUUUUGGGAUGGAUUCACCAGGCCGUAGCCACCGAAAAAGAUUACUGGAGUUCGUUAACGCGAAACGUUCCCCAGGCAGUAGCGGACAGUCAGAUGUGUCAGGUUAUGAACAUGAUAACAGAGGGCUUGGUUGGGGCUUUAAAAUCCAGGAUUGACCGGAUUCUGCAGUCCAGUCCGAGCCCAGUGGUGCUGUAUAAAAUUCGUCAUUGGAUUAAUUUUUAUAUUGGCAAGAUCAGACAAUCUGUGAAAAAUGAUGAAAAUGCGCUAGUAAAGCUCCUUGUGGAAUCUGCCACGGCCGUGCAUACGCAUUACAUUGCUGGAUUAAAGAGCUUAGCCGCGCAUAUCGGGAAGAAGAUCGAGGUCCCUUCUGAAAGUCUGGAGCCCGUGCAAUCGCUUACUAGCGCUCUGACACUAUUAAAAGAGAUCAUUGUAUGUCAGCAAACCUUGCAUGCCGAUGACCGGGAAGCCGGACAGGACGCGGACAUUUUGAUUGGCAUUGUCCUGGAGCCGCUCCUGCAGAUGUGCAAUGAAUCAGCUAGCCAUGUUACCCCUUACAGCCCCAGCGUGUCCGCUGUUUACCUGCUUAAUUGCUUGUACUUGGUUCAGAGUACACUUUUCAGUGGGGAUAGACUGUUGGGAGAUCCACGCAGUAAUCUGAUUAAACAGCAGUGUGAAGCCCAUAUUGAUACAUUGGUGAAUUCCAUUGUGCACUCCGUAUUGACUUCUGUACGGAUGCGACCUUUGUUAGAAACUCUAAAAUCGCCAGAAGAAACAAGAGUCAUUCCGGACGAUUUGGAAAUGGAGCAGUUUUUGACGCUUUUUGAUCGUUAUUUGGCCAGUUCAGAUGAGUAUAAUUCAAGCGAGCUUCGAUUGCUUAUGUCUGUUCCCACUCGAAAUUUGAUAUCACAACGAUCGCAGCGCGUCAUUUCUGAGCUUUACGAGCAGCUGUACCCAGCUUUGAUGGGCAGUCGAUUCGCCGGUGUAGUCAAAAAUCCAGAUCUGGUUAAACGGCUUUUAUCGACUUGACCGCCUUGUUUUGUUUUGUGUUCUUUUGGUGUUUUAUUUUUUGUUUAGCGGCAGUUUUAUUGCAAUCUGAGAAACUUCUAUGGGAGUAAAUUUGUGUCCUUGUAAACUGAGAC